UAUCUUAUAUUAUAAACAUUGACAUAUAUCAAUGGGGAAUUGUCUGCGACACGACAAUGCCGUUGCCGGAAACGAGAAAGACGAUCUCGAGCCCGAGCCGCUGGUUAAGUUAUUGGAAGAAAGCAAAACGAGUUACAAUGGUGAAGAAGAAAGUGAAAGAUCAACGGAAGAAGAAUCUAAGGUGAUAAGGAUUAAAGUUGUGGUGACAAAAAAAGAACUUAGACAAAUCUUGGGUCACAAGAAUGGUAUCAACUCCAUUCAACAGUUGGUUCAUGUUCUCAAAGAUAGUGGCAGAAACAUCUCCAGGGCUAAUUAUGAAGAAGAUGAGAAAGAAGAAGGUAAUGAAAAUUGGAGGCCUUCGUUAGAAAGCAUUCCUGAGAGUCAUUAUUGAUAUUUAAUCAUAUAUUUUUAACUAAUUAUCCAUCUACAGUACCUUUUGACCUUUUCCAAGAUGACUGUUUGUUUUGUUGUCUAUGUUUGCUCCUUUUUAACCAAUGUUAUCUCAUUAACAUUGGUGUUUUUUUUUUUCUUGUUUGUUUUCCCCAUCAUGUUUGGUGCUUUGUGUUUUUGUUAGAGCACUAAUCAACUAUUAUAUGUCAU